AUGGUUAACUAUAAAGAUAUUGAAUCAGCAUUAGUUGAGGUAAUUAAAGUGACAUAUAGCCAAGAUACGAAAAAAUAUGAUAAAAUGGGAUUGAUAUAUGUGGGCUAUUUGAAAACAAUGCAACAUAAAAGGGAUCCAGAUGAUCAUUGCAGAUAUGUAGCAAAGCAACGAGCUCCAAAUGAAGAAAUUUAUAAUGAAAGAAUGGCGGAUUUCAAAGACUA